ACUCAAUUCCAGACGCGACCUUACGUGAUGACGUUCAUCUCUACGUCACACGUACGUUCGCUCCUCUGCUAAAUGCUAGCUACUUUAUGUAGCUCUGCUCGCCGUCUGUUGAUGUAACCCGAGCGACUGACUCGAAAUACCAGGCAACUUAUUUAGGAGGACAAAAAUAAAAAGAACCGGUAACAUUCUCCGGAGUCUUCCGUGUGCGCGCGUCGGGCCCGCUGCCAUGGCUCUUCAAGGCCCGGAGGAGCUCGGGGAGCAGGUCGAAGAGCCGGAGGAUCUGGACGACCAGGACGCUAGCAGCAUCUCCCCGGCCGAGGAGAUAACUCUCCCCCCCGGGCCCGGUGGCGAGGACGAGCCGGAGGAGGCGCUCCUGCUGCCCUGGGACCGCUUCUCCACCUGGCUGCAUUGCAUCUGCGUGGUCGGCUUCGACCUGGAGCUGGGGCAGGCGGUGGAGGUUAUUUAUCCUCAUCAUUCCAAACUGUCCGAGAAAGAGAAAACGAGCAUCUGCUACCUCUCCUUCCCCGACUCCAACUCUGGUUGCCUUGGCGACACGCAGUUCUGCUUCCGCUUUCGUCAGGGCUCCAACAGGAAGUCGUCGCUCGGCUGCUUCCUGGAAACCACCGACAGGGAUGCACCGCCGUGUCUGAAGAGGGAACAGGGCCAUUACUAUGGUUACGUGUACUUCCGUCAGGUGAGGGACAAAUCCCUGAAGAGAGGAUACUUCCAGAAGUCUCUGGUCCUCAUCAGUAAGCGGCCCUACGUGACCUUCUUCCACUCGCUGCUGAAGAUCAUGGCUCCAGAAUACUUUGAGAAACAGGAGCCCUGUCUGGAGGCCGCUUGUAAUGACAUAGACCGUUGGCCGGCGCCCCACCCUGGACGGAUCCUGACGCUCCCCAUUAUGGGCGUGGUCAUCAAGAUCCGCAUCCCGACCUGCUACGACAAACCCGGAACCUCCCAGCUGGUCCAGUCGGCCCAGAGUGACAGCCAGGUGUCCAUCGUGCUCCCGACCAUCCAUGAAGUCGACCUCUUCAGGUGUUUCUACCCGGUCUUCUUCCACAUCCAGAUGCUGUGGGAGCUGGUGCUGCUGGGGGAGGCACUGGUCGUCAUGGCGCCCUCACCAGCAGAGUCGUCGGAUACUGUGCUGGCGUUGGUCAGCUGCAUCUCCCCCCUGCGUUACUGCAGUGACUUCCGGCCGUACUUCACCAUCCACGACAGCGAGUUUAAGGAGUACACCACCAGGACUCAGGCUCCGCCGUCGGUCAUCCUGGGAGUGACCAAUCCCUUCUUUGCUAAAACCCUGCAGCACUGGCCGCACAUCAUCCGCAUCGGAGACAUGAAGCAAGCAGGUGAAAUGGCCAAGCAGAUGAAAGUCAAGAAACUGAAAAACCUCAAAACCCUGGACUCUAAACCCGGUGUGUACACGGCAUACAAGCCGUAUCUCAACAAGGAUGAAGAAAUCAUCAAACAGCUUCAGAAGGGCGUCCAACAGAAGAGACCCUCUGCAGCCCAGAAUGCAAUUCUCCGACGCUACUUUCUAGAACUGACGCAGAGCUUCAUGAUCCCGCUGGAGCGCUACGUGGCCAGUCUGAUGCCUCUGCAGAAGUCCAUCAGUCCCUGGAAGAGUCCUCCCCAGCUGCGACCGUUCCUCCAGCAGGACUUCAUGAAGACGCUGGAGAAGGCCGGACCUCAGCUCACGUCCAGACUGAAGGGGGACUGGAUCGGACUCUACAGGCAUUUCCUCAAGUCCGCCAACUUCGACGGCUGGUUCCGCAACAGGAGGAGAGAGAUGACCCAGAAGCUGGAGGCGCUGCACCUGGAGGCGCUGUGUGAGGAGGACCUGCAGGAGCGAGUCCAGCUGCACUCGGAGGUGGAGACGGUCGAUCUGGUCCUGAAGCUCAAAGAUAAACUGGCCCAGGCGGAGAGGGAGCAGCUGCCGGUGCGUCCAGGGACUGUGGUCAAACUGAGGGCCCACAUCGAGGCCGUGAUCCUGGCCUUACCGGAGGACCUGCAGGGCAUCCUCCACAAGCCCUCCACUCCCUGACCUUUAACCCUCCCGCCCAGUCUGCAACUCUUACCCCAGUCAGAGCUUGUUUUAAAGUUUGGGGGGGUAGUGGGUCCCCUCCCAGUUUACUCCCAAGUGGAGGGACCUCCUCUGUUUGUUUUUUUCUCAGGCUGGACCCCGGUUUGAGGACCUCCUCCAGUCUGACAUGGAAAGCACACAACGCAUUUCCUUUCCCCCAAAAAUUCAUCCGACGUUUGAUUUCUGACUGCAACGAUGACUGUAGCAGCUCGUGGGAUCCGGAGCCGACGCGUAGCUCUCUUCGAUGGCGUUGAAACUCCUCUUACUUAGUUUUGGUUUUUUUUUUUUUGUUGUUAUGAAGAAACGAAAGGAGCGCUUGGUUUGUCCCAGCUUUGCUCCUUCGCUGUAGAUGAGCUUCCUCUGGACCUUUGUGCAAGAGAAGGAUUUGUCAUCGCAGGAAGAUGAAUCCCCGGCUGACCUUUGACCUUAAAUAUAAUUAUUUUUUUAGGGGGUUUUUAUGGUUAUUUUUAAAAGAAGUGCACUUCAUCACUAACUGGACCAUUGUGCCCUUGAAACAAACACACCCACACACACACCUUUAUGCAAACACACUGAGCCGAGCAGAGCCAAGCAGUGCUUUAUGAUACAUGUAAGUAGUACAUAAAAACACACACAGCAUUAAGCACCAGCACCCUGUAACAACUGUCCUGAUGUGACCUCUCUGGUCCCUGGCGCUCCUCAGCCAAUCGCAUCGCUGCAUUCAUGUCACGAGGCCUCCGGUGUGAGGAAAGAUCUCCUUAGAGAGUCCAAGGCGUUGAGCAAAAAAUCAAAAGAAUCGUGUCCUUUUUAAAAACAAAAUUAUAAUUUAAGCAAUGGGAAGACAAUAAUGUAACUGAUCAUUUAUUUAAAUUGUUAAAACUGUUUUAGGCCACACAAAUUUUGGAGUUAAAACAUUCCAAAUAAUUUGUUGAAAGUCAAUUAAUUGAGAAUACAUAAAACAAUAAAACCAUUAAUAAUUAAAGCAAUAAGGUUUUUUAAUUUAUUUCAGUUAUUUGUAUUUUCAGGGUUUAAAGGACAUUAACUUAGUUAAUAAAGUAGUUUGUGAUGACAAAGCGGCAGUUUUCUGUUAAUUGGUCUCUUCAGACAUAGGGAUUGAGUGUUUCUCUUUUUCAUUUAACACAUGUUGUAUAAAUGCUUGUUGUAAUAAUUGUAAAGAAAUAUAACAUAAAUGUGUGCUGUUUGGAUAAACCUCUGACAUCUGGUUGUCGCAGGCAACUGAGUUUUAUAUUUUGUAAAUCAACUUAUUUUAACAAUUUUACAUUUUUUGUACAUAAAGGAGUGAAGACAGACAUGAUGUACAAUAAUAGUUUUGCUACUGCAACUUAUGUCUUUUGAAUACAGAGCUGUAAAUGACUCAUAAAAUGACGAUUUACCUCUCUUAGAAAGUUAGUUGACAGUGUAAAAAUAAGUUUUAGCAUUGAUGAAGACAAUUACAAUGUAAUUAAGGGUCCUCGCGCAUACUGUGGUAGCACAGAAUUCAACAAAAGCAUAAAUUAUGAUGAAAAGGUUCAGCUGAUGUCAUGUAAGGAACGUCGUUUAUGCCCAAACCCUGUGAAAUGAGACAAACCCGAGAUAUUUGUGUUUUCUCUCUGCACAGAUAGCAGUGUAUAAAUACUCGUGUUAUGUAUCAAAGUGUACUCAAUGAAAUAAAAGUAGGCAUACGCAGAAUGCCUCGGAAAUAUAUAUAUUUUUUUCUUAUUUUGGAUCAAAAUGGAUGAAUUCUAUUUGAAUUUUAUUUUGAACAUUUAAUCUGAAGCAAACUGUUAAGAUGUCAUCUUUGCAUUAAAAUCAUCAGACGCUACAAAGUCCGAUAACACGAGGAUGUUUUCAUACAACCGUAACCACUGCGAAGCCCUGCGACCUGAUGGCGGUUUUCUCCACAGUAACAGAAAAUGAUCAGCGUUAUUAACUCUAUUGUAACUUGUUUGCUUUGUUAUUUUCGACAAUAAACAGAAAGUGUAGAUGUAAGUAUCCUUGUUAGCACCAGUGGAUCUGUGAGGGGGGGGGCGGGGUUAAUAUGUUGGUUGUAUGACUGUUGUAUUCAAAGUGCAACGUGUGUAACGCUCU